UAUAAUCCCUGUACCCUGAGCCAGACUGUACCCUGAGCCAAAGUAGAGUUGUGUAUGUGAUAUUAGUGAAUCAUCUUACAGCACCAGACUCAAGAAAGAAAACCAGUAAAACGGUAAACAGCGACGGACUUUUCACAUCUCGGACCGCGAUGGAUCUAAUAAUUAAAGGAAUAAAUGGAAACACAAAACGUCUGCGUGUGGACUGCAAUGCCACAGUUGGUCAUCUGAAGCUGCUCAUUUCGCAGCACUUUGGUGUGGACCCAGUUCAGCUGAAGCUGUCUGCAAAUAAUGGUUUACGAAUCAACCUUGACGAUGAUUCCAGAAGCCUCAGCAGUUACGGUUUGCACUCGGAGUCAGUGGUAGCGUUCAUCGUCACGAUCCCUGGACCUAUGCAGGUGUUUGUGAAGAAUGAGAAGGGCACAACGAGUACCUACGACAUUGAUCCCAAUGAGACAGUGAAUCAGCUCCAGCAGAAGAUCUUCAAUAAAGAAAGAGUCCCGUUGGACCAGCAGAGGCUCAUUUAUAGCGGCAAACAACUGGAGUCCGGAAGGAUGUUGAAAGACUACGACAUUACAAAUCAAAGCACCAUUCACAUGACUCUCCGUCUCCGGGGUGGUUAAUCGAGAAGUUUGAUCCGGACUGACUAAAGCUACAAGAGUUAAACCGACAAAAUACACAAACAGUCCUAUUGAACCUGAUCUGCUUUUUCUGAAAUUACAAAAAACUGAGAAGUCUUUAAAAAUAUAAAAAACAGUGAUGUAUAAGUUACUUUAAAAAAAUUACAUGAUGUCUCAUGACUUAAUCUGUUGUCUUUAUAUAAAGCUCCCAUUUAUAUUUAAUGUUUUCCAUUCCUUGUAAAUAAAAUGAUGAUUGCUCA